CCAGAUCAGGUCUUCGUACUGUACUGUACGGAGUACUACUACUUUUGGAACGUAUUGUACCUGGUAGUCAUUGCUGCACUGACUGUACCGAACACAACCCCGUCACUCACCGCCAGAGCCAAUAAUGGAGGAUCCUGACGCAAAUAAUUGGGCUCCUCAAAGUCCCGACCUAUCAUCUUACCAUUCCUCCACUACAGCUACUGACACGGCUCCCGUUCAUCCCCAGCACCAAGGGUAUAGAGGUUCCGUUUCUCAUAUCUCGCCUUACUCUCCCUCCCUCCCAAAUCUAAAUUCGUCCAGCCCCACGUUGCACUCAAACUCAAUUCCUACCUUCCACCCUGCUGCACCGCUGGGCCCGGCUCCAAUUCCCUACAAUCCUUCUUCUACCUCCACCUACGCCUCCGCCACUACAUACAUGCCUCGCCAAAUCAAACAGGAAGAGGGCGUGCAAAUGCAGGACCCAGACUACAUACCCGACCUAUCUACUACACAAAGGUCCACUCGAGGAAAGAAACCAAAGCUCGAAGACGAGGGAAUCGGCGCCGCAGACUCCUCCAGUCUUCUUCCAAACAUGGACAACAUCGUCAUAAAAAAUCACUUCCCCGUCGCCCGGAUAAAGCGCAUUAUGCAGGCCGAUGAUGAUGUCGGCAAAGUGGCACAGGUUACCCCAGUCGUUGUUUCCAAAGCAUUGGAGCUUUUCAUGAUCUCCCUCGUCACAAAGGCUGCCGCCGAAGCCAAAGCGAAGAAUUCGAAACGCGUCGGCACCGCGCAUCUCAAGCAGGCCAUCACCAAAGACGAGCAAUUCGAUUUCCUCUCCGAAAUCGUUUCCAAGGUUGCAGAUGCCCCCGCCGCAGCAGACAAAAACGACCCCGACGCAAUGGAGGUAGACGGAAAAAAGCGAAAGUCGACGGGCCGGAAGAAGAAGACAAAGGCAGAGGAAGAUGACUUUUGAGAUUGGACGGAUGGAUUUGAGCAAGCACAAAGAAAAGGAACCUGCGCGCCUGAGAAGUACACGAAAUGACGACGGAAGAAACGAUUGAUUGAAUGCCGGAUGUUGGCUGUUUGCGAUCGGAAGGCAAUACCGUCCUGCUGUUGAUGGGAAUCUAGAUGGCCUUUCGGCGGGUCCUUCAAAAGCUUCCUGGCGCGCCCCA